ACUUUCUUUCUCGCAAACAAAACCAAAAAGGAACUCUGUUCAGAUGGGAAAGGCAGGAUUGUUUGAUCUUGAGAAUCACUUUGCAUUCUAUGGAGCUUAUCACAGUAACCCAGUCAACAUUUUGAUACAUACUUUGUUUGUUUGGCCAAUAUUCUUCACGGGUCUUGCUCUUUUCUAUUUUACACCUACCAUCGUUGAUCUUUCUCAAUCUGGGAUUUUCCCCUCUGGGUUUAAUCAUGUUUUGGUUUUCAAUUACGGGUUUCUUUUUGCUAUUUUCUAUGGAUUGUUUUAUGUGAUUUUGGAUAAGAAAGCUGGUUCCUUGGCUGCUUUGCUUUGUUUAGCUUGCUGGGUUGGCGCUAGUUUGCUUGCUGCAAACCUUGGAUAUUCUCUCUCUUGGAAGGUUGUGCUGGCUGUUCAGUUGUUCUGUUGGACCGGACAGUUUAUAGGCCAUGGAGUCUUCGAGAAACGUGCUCCAGCUCUGUUAGACAAUCUUGUUCAAGCUUUUCUGAUGGCUCCAUUCUUCGUUUUGCUCGAGGUACUUCAAUCAGUGUUCGGAUAUGAACCAUAUCCAGGGUUUCAUGCACGUGUGGAGGCUAAGAUCGAAGCUGAAAUCAAGGAAUGGAAGGACAAGAAACAGAAGAAGAUUUCUUAGCUUUGAAUUGGUAAACUGCAAAUGCAAUGAUUUAGGUUAAAACGAAACGCUAAACACAGUGAAAGAAAGGCUUUAUUUGCCUUAAACUAGAAGUGCUUAUUUAAUAAACUCUUAUUUUAAUCAUGUAUAAUGCUGAUUUUCAUCUUAUUAUGUUAGUUUUUUUUAUUAA